AUGAAGACAGACUUUCUCCGGUACUUGGUCAUAUUGGCAGAAGGCGGGGUUUAUUCGGACCUCGACACGUGGGCGCUCAAGCCCGUCGACGACUGGGUCCCCCAAUACCUGAGAGGCUCCGUCCGGGCUGUGGUUGGCAUCGAGUUCGACCAGCUCGACGGUGAUUUCCCGCCUGGAUUCGGCGAUGGGCCGUCAUACUCUGCCAAUGGACACUCGCCGCGGUACCUGGACACCCAAUCUACCGCACCAUGGUCAAGCUUGGCAAUCUCCGGCAACUCACCGACGACCAACCCGGUCGCCAUCUCCGCGACCCAAGGGCGAACGUUCAACCCAGAAGCCAUCUUCAUCGGCACAUUUGUGAAGAACGGGUUCACCGGCGCCGCAGCCCUGACGAGCGCCAGCACCGUCACCGUCACCGCGACGUUCAAGGAUGCGACCACUGCCCAGACCACGUUCAACUUCGAUCCCCCAAACACCGUCUUUGGCGUCGCCAUCAACGCCGAGGCGAUGCAGUACUUCCAGUUCCCAUGCGAGUGGUCUAAGGUCGUGAGCCUGAGCUUCGUGCCGCAGGCCGAGAACGGGGUGAACGUCGUGCUGGGGCUGGCUAUUGACAACUUCCAGUAUAUUGACGAUACUUCUGCCUAG